AUGCUGGGUGUCCUCACAAAGGGUAUUUUAGAUGAUGGUCGUGGAAAGGCUCGUGUUAAUCUCUUUCGUCACAAACAUGAAAUUGAAUCAGGUCGUACUUCUAGUGUAGGAGGAGAAAUUCUCGGAUUUGACUCAUGCUCAAGACCUAUUUUACACACUAGCACCAAUAAAAAACUAACUGCAGGAUGGGAAGAAAUUACUCGAAAGGCAGCUAAAGUCUUGAGUUUUGUUGAUCUUGCAGGUCACGAAAAAUAUUUAAAAACAACUGUGUUUGGUAUGACUGGAUCUGCCCCAGAAUUUGCCAUGUUAAUGGUAGGCGCCAACGCAGGCAUGAUUGGUAUGUCCAAGGAACAUUUAGGUCUGGCCUUAUCAUUAAGUAUCCCUGUUUUGGUUGUUAUUACGAAAAUUGAUCGAUGUCCUGAUCAUGUACUUCAAGAAACAUUAAAAGAACUUGCUACCAUUCUCAAGUCCAAAUCAUGUCGUAAAAUACCAUUAUUUAUUGAGAAUAAUCAUGACGUUGUUAUGACUGCUCAAAACUUUGUUAGUGAAAGACUUUGUCCUAUUUUUCAAAUUAGCAAUGUGACAGGUCAGGGGCUCGAUCUUGUUCGCAACUUUUUAAAUAUUUUGCCUUCUUUAACUCAAUAUGCCGUUACAGAACCAUUUUUAUACGAAAUCAAUGAAACUUAUUCAGUCCCUUUUGUGGGUACUGUUGUAAGUGGUAUUAUUAAAUCGGGUGUUAUCCAUGUAGGAGACAAAGUUCAAUUAGGACCUGAUUAUAAUGGUCAAUUCGUGACAACAACCAUUAAAGGAAUUCAUCGAAAACGAGUGGCGGUACCAGCUGCUAAAGCCGGUCAGUCUGUUACUUUUGCUCUCAAAAAUGUGCGGAGAAAUACGGUUCGUAAAGGCCAAGUCUUGUUACCGUCUGAUACAUCACCGCAUUGUUCAAGACGAUUUGAAGCUGAAGUGUUAGUACUUUAUCAUUCAACUACAAUAAAAUCCAAAUAUCAAGCAAUGGUCCACUGUGGUGCAGUUAGACAGACGGCUAGUAUUAUUCUUACAACAACAACUGAAAAGGAAGUACUUCGGACUGGAGAUCGUGCUAAAGUUGUAUUUGAAUUUGUCAAGAAUCCUGAAUAUUUAACAGUCGGUACUCGAUUGAUUUUCAGAGAAGGGCGAACAAAAGGUGUAGGAAAAAUUACUAAAUUACUUUAG